UGGAGGCUGGAGCCAGGACUCCCGGAGCGCCCAGCAGCCGCCAGGCCCGCGGACGCGUAACCGCCCCAGCUGGCCCCGGCAGUCCCGAGACGCCCCGAUUCCAGACUAGCCAACCCGGUAGCCCGGGCUUCUGCACCCUCAAGCUCUCGGCGCGGACAGCCCACCGGAGGCCUGAGGCCGAGCCUUCGCCCUGCACACCGCGCCCAGGCUUCUUCCCCGCGACCGCGGCGCCCUCCGCUGGGCCUCCAGGAUCAUGUGGUACGUCAGCACUAGGGGGAUGACCCCUCGGGUCGACUUUGAGGGGGCCCUCUUCUCUGGCUAUGCACCUGACGGGGGGCUCUUCAUGCCCGAGGAGCUCCCGCAGCUGGAUGGAGACACCCUUCGCCAGUGGAGCACGCUUUCCUACCCAGGGCUGGUGAAGGAGCUGUGCAGCUUGUUCAUUGGUCCUGAGCUCAUUCCAAGAGACGACUUAAAUGAUCUGAUCGACCGAGCCUUUAACAGAUUCCGCCACAGGGAGGUGGUGCAUCUGUCCAGGUUGCAGGCUGGGCUGAACGUGCUGGAGCUGUGGCAUGGGACGACGUAUGCGUUCAAGGACCUGUCCCUGUGCUGCACAGCCCAGUUCCUGCAGUACUUCCUAGAGAAAAGGGGGAAACAUGUCACCGUGGUGGUAGGAACUUCUGGGGACACAGGGAGCGCUGCCAUUGAGAGUGUUCAAGGGGCCAAGAAUGUGGACAUUGUUGUUCUGCUGCCCAAGGGUCACUGCUCAAGGAUUCAGGAGUUGCAGAUGACAACAGUGCUGAGAGAGAACGUCCAUGUGUUUGGAGUGGAGGGAAACAGCGACGAGCUUGAUGAGCCAAUCAAGGCGGUGUUUGCUGACGUUGCUUUCGCCAGGAAGCACAAUCUGAUGAGCCUGAAUUCAAUCAACUGGUCCCGGGUCCUUGUGCAAAUGGCCCACUACUUCUUCGCUUACUUCCGGUGUGCACCUUCCAUGGACACGCGCCCGCUGCCUGCUGUGGAGGUGGUUGUGCCAACGGGGGCUGCUGGUAACCUUGCAGCUGGGUGUAUCGCUCAGCAGAUGGGGCUGCCCCUUCGCCUGGUGGCAGCAGUAAAUUGCAACGACAUCAUCCACAGGACCGUGAAGCAGGGAGACUUCUCUCUGGCCAAGGCUGUCAAGUCAACCUUAGCGUCAGCUAUGGACAUUCAGGUGCCCUACAACAUGGAGAGGAUCUUCUGGCUCUUAUCCAACUCUGACAGUCAGGCGACAAGAGCCCUCAUGGAGCAGUUUGAAAGGACCCAAAGUCUGAGUCUCCCCAAGGAACUGCACAGCAAGCUUUCAGCGGCAGUCACAUCUGAGUCUGUGUCGAAUGAGGCCAUCACCCAGGCCAUGGGUCGCUGCUGGGAGGAGAACCAAUACCUGCUGUGCCCUCACUCGGCCGUGGCUGUGAGCUACCAUUACCAGCAGACGGACGGGCAGGUGCCCAGCCCCCACAGUGCUCCCCGGUGCUGCCUGGCUCCGGCCUCUGCAGUCAAGUUCCCAGAAGCAGUCCUGGCUGCUGGGCUGACCCUGGAGACGCCCACAGAGAUCCUGGCAUUGGAGAGCAAGGAGACACGCUGCACCCCCAUGCGGAAGGGUGACGACUGGACACUGAUGCUUCGGGACACGAUUGAGAGCUUAAGCCGGCAGUGGGAGCGGCACUUCCUAGAUGCCUCCCAGUAGCCUGGCUGGUGUUGGUUACCGGCAGGCUUCCAGCCAGGGAGGCACGGCCCGCUGAGCUGCUGGGGCACCUUCCCCUGUUAAGAGUCAGCUUAGGAGAUCUUCAGAGGCUGCCCUGUGCUGUCACCUGCUGGUAGAGUGCCUGGUCAACUGUGGGGAGGAGGCUUGUGGGUGACGGCUGCGGGUGCAAAACACCAGUGCCAGAGUGUGCAGUGACAUCACUGCUGUAGGAGACCUCCUGGCCUGCAAAUGAAGAAUUCUGAACACAAAAUCAACUCGGUGCCAGGUGAGGACUCCAGAUCCUACCUGUGCAGGUGGAGGCUGCUAACUCCACUAAUACAGACCUGGGAUCACCGUUAACUGCUCCCCAAAUCAGAGCCAGAGGGCUUGGUCUGACUGUGAUACCUUCCUUUUUGUUAAAAUGGUGGGACUCCGUGGAAUAAGUGUGUGUUUGGUGUGAUGGUGACACACAGCACAGCCUGUGGGCAGAGACAGGAGGCUGGUGAGUGGCUGUGGUGGUGCCCAGCUGUGAGCCACACCCACCAGCUGCUCCGCAUUGCCCCAGGUAAAGGGGGGGGGCAACAGAGCAAUGAUUGGGGCAUGUGGCACAGGUGGUAGUCAGAGGUGAGGUUCAGGACCACCAGAGUUAGGGAAAGAGUGUGUCUAAUUGCAAAAGGCCAUUUCAUCUGUUGCUUCUGUACCUGCUUUGUUAAACCAAGGCUUAUUUGCAGCAGCUAGAAGCACCCUGUCAGCUACUCCAUAAAGUCCAAACACCUACAUUUCCAUAAAUGCCGCCACCAGCACCCUGCUCCAGAGAAAGCAAGUUAUUCUGUCUUGUGAAAAUGUACCUCUUCCCUCUGUGCCUCAGACCCUGACAGGCCCUAGGAGACUGUCCUUGACGAGGCCACAAGUUCCCCUCCCACGGACUAUGGAAGUCUUGGUCCUCAUGUCUUGUUUACUGCAAAGCUGCACAAGUCAGUCUGACGAAAUAAUAAUUUGUAUUGUGAACUCUGGCAGAACCCCCACUGAAGCUUUCCUGGGGUCUGUAUUCCCGCCUACCUUGUCUGAUGGCUCCCCACAGUAGAUACGAUCUCUAAGCUGAAAGAUGAGAUCCAUUGUUUAAUAUGAUGGGCUGAAACUUCUUCCAUUUAUCCUUACUGAUUAAAAAUUUUAAAAUAUGUUCUCAAAGAUUCAGAAUGAAAAAAGAAUCUAAAACAGCUCCUAAGAAUUUUAUAUGAUCAUAUGUUGGAAGGAUAUUUUGUUGUAUUGAGUUAAAUGAACUAGAUUGUUAAAACGUUCUUUUUCCUUUUCUUCUGACAGUAAAGUUAUGAGC